AAUCGAGUCUUUAAUCCUCUCCGGUAGGCCGCAAAGCCUCCCCCCCAUUCCGUUCUCCCCUCGCCGCAAUCCUCAGCUCCGCCCCCGCCCCCGGCCCCGGCUGCGGCGCCGAUGGGGUACGUGCUGUCGGCGGUGGCGAGGGUGCUGGAGCAGCCGACGGCGUGGGGCGCGGCCUGCGAGAUGGCGCUGCUCGCGGGGCCGCUCUGGGCGGCGGCCCUCGUCGGCCUCCUGCUCGGCUGGGCCUGGCGCCCACGCUGGGCCGCCGGCAUCGUCGCCCCCGCCGCCGACCCGCCGCAGGUCGCCACGCUCGACUUCUGGAGGGCCCAGCUCCCCGCCCGCAUCCGCGGCCCGCUCGACUACCUCGCCGGCGCGCGGCGGCAGCAGGAGCAGGAGCAGGAGGACGACGAGGCUUCCCUGCAAGGGUCGUCGGAGAUGGCGAACGAGGAGCUGGCGGUGGGGAAGGCUGACCUGGUGAACCUCUGGAGGCUGGUGGAGGGCAACGACGGCGGCCCGGCGUGGAUCAAGAUGAUGGAGAAGGCGCUGCCCAACAUGACCUACCAGGCCUGGAGGAGGGAUCCCCAGAAUGGGCCUCCGCAGUACCAGAGCAGCACAAUCUUUGAGAAUGCAACCCCGGAUGAAGUAAGAGACUUUUUUGGAGACGAUGAGUUCCGGAUGUCCAACAAGUGGGACGAUAUGCUCAUCUCUCACCAGACGCUGGAGGAGUGUCAGACAACCGGGAUGAUGAAAGUGCAUUGGGUUCGCAAGUUCCCCUUCUUCUGUAGUGACAGGGAGUACAUCAUUGGUCGCCGGAUAUGGAAACUGGGAAGCGCAUACUAUUGUGUUACAAAGGGUGUGCCAUGUUCAUCCAUCCCGCGGCGCAGCAAACCUCGCAGAGUAGAUUUGUAUUACUCAAGCUGGUGCAUCCGUGCAGUGGAGUCAAGACGAGGGAACGGUGGAUCGACUGCCUGCGAGAUCCUCUUGUUCCACCAUGAGGAUAUGGGCAUCCCCUAUGAGCUUGCAAAGAUUGGCAUUCGGCAGGGCAUGUGGGGAUGUGUGAAGAGAAUCGAACCUGGACUCCGUGCCUAUCAGAAAGCCAGGGCUGCUGGGGAACCACCUUCGCCGAGUGCCUUGAUGGCACGGAUCAACACCAAGGUCAGCGACAAUUUUGUCCGAGGAAUGGAGUCAAACAGUGACCAAUCAGACAUCAUGGAAGCCGAAGAGAAACCUGUGAAAAACCGGAUGGCGAGGUUCCUUGUGCUCGGCGGGGCUGUGGCUUUAGCCUGUACUCUCGACCAAGGGCUCCUGACAAAGGCUCUCAUCUUUGGCGUUGCACGGAAGUUUGUGGGGCAGAGGAAUACAUUGUAGGAUCUGACAUCUUCCUCAGGAUCCUCUGAGCCAAUUUGCGUGGAGAGAAUGGAGAUGAUCUGGCUAACUGUAGCACAUGCCGUUGACGGCAGAUGAAGGACAUUGGUGUAUAUAUGCUGCCGGCGGUCGAUGGGAGAGGGAGAGGCAACGGAGUAAAAAGAUGUAAUUUACAUUUGGAAAAGGGAUUCCAGCUAUAUAUGAAUUUUUUAUCUUUGUUUCAUGCGAUCUUCUAUGUGAACUGGAUAUAUGAGAAACCGUAAAUCAGAAUGUAAUUACUUUUUUGGUUC